UGGCGCAAGCUGCCGGUGUCACUAGCCGAGCUGUGCAUCAACACCACCCUACGUUGCGGACAGUCAUUCAGAUGGCGAAAGAUUGAUCAUGAAUGGACAUGUACUUUGCAUGGGCGCAUCCUUCAUCUGAAGCAGGACUCAACUCAUCUUCAUUACCGAGUCACCUGGCCAGCUGUUAAGUCCCAGGCAUCACCAAAGGACGACACUGAGGCCCUUCUGCGACACUAUUUCAGUCUGAAGCUGGAUCUUGGAACUCUGUAUGAGCAAUGGUCGGAGGCGGACCCAAACUUUCGCAAGAGAGCACCCCAGUUCAAGGGUGUCCGCAUUCUCAGUCAAGAUGCUUGGGAGGCGUUGAUAUGUUUCAUAUGCAGCAGCAACAACAACAUUUCCCGAAUAUCUCAGAUGGUUCACAAGCUGUGUCAACACUAUGGUCCACUCAUCGGCCACGUUGGGGAUGAGGCUUUCCACGAUUUUCCAACUCCCCACGAUCUGACAGGUGACCGAGUAGAGGCACAUCUGAGAGAACUCGGAUUUGGCUAUCGUGCCAAGUACAUUGCUGAGACGGCACGGAUGGUUGCCAAGGAGAAGCCAGACAAUUGGUUGGAAACCCUUCGAAACCCAGCACAUCCAGGCUUCAACACGCCUCGAGUACCCGAUGAGCAACAUGCAACCUAUAAAGAAGCACAAGAGCAACUUCUCUCAUUAAAGGGAGUCGGCCCAAAAGUUGCAGACUGUGUCUGCUUGAUGGGCUUGGGAUGGGGUGAAUCUGUCCCAGUUGACACUCAUGUCUGGCAAAUCGCUCAACGAGACUACAAAUUUGCCAAGUCAAAGGCCAAAACAUUCAACAAGACUAUGUACGAUGCUGUGGGAGAUCAUUUCAGAGCGCUAUGGGGAGAUUAUGCUGGCUGGGCCCAUUCUGUCCUUUUUACGGCUGACCUCAAGGAGUUUUCAAGCCAAGCGGUGAAAAAGGAAGAGGCCUCAGUGGUAAAGAUCGAGGAGGUCUCCGUGGAGGAAAAAGUCACCAAGAGAAAGAGACAACGUGUUUCCGUCACAGAAACCGAGACUAAGGUGAAGAAGGAGGAGACA